GAUAGUGCAGGUAGAGCGAACAGCUGGCGUAGCGAUGCGUUUUCACCGUAAUCGAAUCGAUAUUCGCCUGAUUAUUCCAGAUUAUUCGCUCGCCUAUCAAAUAUCGGAAUCGCAUCCGCGCGGAUAAUCUCGACAACGCGGUGUCGGAGGCGGUGAAGCUGCGCCCGGUGAAGAUUUAAAAUCCGUGAAUAUCUCGGGGGUGCGACGAGAUACAUGGGAGAAUAGUGAGAACGACCCGUCUUUCGUACUCUUCGACAGCCGGCGGAGUCGCCUCCCGGGGAGGAAAUCUCGGAGAGAAAGUAAAAAGAAGGAGGAUUGAAUCUCAGCUCUGAGAAUGAGAGACAACACGGAGAUCAUCGUCGCGUUGCUGAUGUCAUUGAUCGUAGAGCCGACUCACGGCCUUUCCUUACCCCCGUACGCGGGCCCAAACGGGGCCUCGUUCUCGGCUAACGCCACUGUGCGGGAUACGUCUUACAACGCGUUCGGUCGCAAAGACCCCUGUAUCAGUUUGUGCGAGAGGGCAACCCCCGCUUUCGCCAAUAGCAUAUAUGUGAAAUCGUGUUGUCAGCGGGGCUGCAGAUUCUUCAAUCUGGUCGACUUACGCUACGGGUUGGAGCCGAACAGUUUGAACGGCACCAGGGAUGCCUGUGAGGCCUCAUGUACGGAAGCUUACACGGAGCUACAGGAUCGCUACGCUUGCGGCACUGGUUGCGAUUUCAUGGCCAAGCAACGAGUGUCUGACCUGCUGGCUCUAUUUUCCAUCGCCAUAUGCAUGGAGGAUGGAAUAGACUCGAAUCUCUUACUAAUGUCACCCGAUAUCCCGGAUAACGAUAUACUGACCGACCCUGGAUUACGGAAAGAGCUGCUACCCAGGUGGUGGGACUCGGAUGGCUUCAAGUUGCCACAGACGCAUGUUAAGACUGUACCGAUGGAUGCUGGGACCGUUGACGACGCUUUGUCAUCCGACUAUUCCGGCGAAACCGAGCUAGCAGUAGCCAUGUCCGAAUCCGACUGUCUUCACUGCGCCUCGGAGCACUUCAGAAUAGUACCUUACUUCGCUUACUCCUUAGUGGGGCUCACUAUGAUUGCGAUGCUCUUAUUGUGGGUGUGCAUGUUGAUAGGGUACUUGAAGUGCGUGAAGGGAAACACUCCGAUCAAAAAGUCGAGCUCAUCGACGGUCACGUUGUACAAGGUCACGGUGUACAAGAAGUCGUUGUACAGCAAGGAGACGCCAUCCAAAUACAUUCUGUCGCCCGAUGUCGACCGUAAGUUUUAACCGAAACGAAACUAUAUUUCGAUAUUCGAUGUUUAAAUCGCGACGUUGUUUCGCUCAGGAUUCAACGAGACGCGAUUGAUAAGAUCGCGUCCUGGAAGUCUCAGCGUAACGCAACAGUGUAAUGAUUUAUAUAUAUAUAUAAGAAAGACACGUUACUGUGAAUAUUACUUAAGUUCACAUAGCAAUCACACGCUGAAAAAAUCGCAUUGCGUUUCACAGUAAUGUCAUAGGGAAAAUCAAACUGUUCUGAUUUCUUUUUUUCCUUUCUUCGUACAAAGUAGCGAACGCCAAUUUAUUCAACGAUCGUAUGAUCAUUGACAAAAUAUAAAUAUAAUGUUAACGUGUAUGUUAUAUGUUAAUAUUACAUGUGCUGUAUUAACGUACAACAUGAAGUGAUAAAUAUAAGAGGAUAAGACAAAAACUAAUAUUCAGCAAUACGAAGUUUCCGAACUUUGACGAGAUGUUUGCAGAUAUCGAGCUUUUAGAGGAAUUUACGUUAACAUAUUAUAUUUCAGACUGAUCUAUUAUAAUUUCCCAUGUGUGUAUAUAUAUCUCGAGGAAGAGAUAUUGAUGACUUUUAAAAUAUAUCGAUCUCCCGAUCGCGCGGAAUCACUUUUCGCCUCGUUUACGAUGUCCGCAAGAGACAUGAUUUGUACACGUGUAUUUAAAUUACACAUACAUACCGAGAUGUAAUUUUGCCGUACAACGAAAGUUCAAACUCGUGAACAGAAACAGAAACGCGAGAACCUUUUCGACGACAAUAUAGGUAUACAUAAUCAAAAUGUCGCUCGGUUUUCAUUAUUCUUAUCGUUUCUCGACGAACCAUCCGAGGGUCGAAAGGACGAUAGUACAACACACAAAGUUGCGGAGAUAGUCGAAGGGUUUAUACACGUCGUGAUAUAUUAGUCAAAUUUCAAAUCUGCUAUGUGAGAAUGUUAUAUAAGAAAAAAAAAAUAUUUUGUAUUGUAUUAUACCAAUAUAUUCGUACGCAUAUCGUCUGUCUCUGUCUCGCGAAGGACCGUUCGCGAAAUUCCAGCGAGAAGCUUUCCAGUUUUGCAUUUGAUUACUGCUUGAUUAACAAGCUAUUAGUGAAUUAGGUAUAAUUGCGUUCACGGUUUCCUUGUUUCCGGCGUGUUGCUUUGCCGCUUGAAAUUUACAUAGCGACCCUGUAUCUCGAAUUUACACGCAUUAUAUGCGAGAGUCACGGUAGCGGCUUUUUUCUUUUUCUCUCUUUCCCUCCCUUUGUCUCUUUCGCAGAGAUUGCGAUAUAUACAGAAUAUGUAAUUACAUUGGACAUAUAUUUUAUAUAUACACGCAUUUCGAAUCUUUUCGAGAUUUUGAUAAAACGUCAUAUCGUAUCUUAGAACUUGUUUAUAGCGUGUAAAACGAUAUAUUAUCAAGUGUAUAUAUAUAUAUAUACCCACAUACAUUAUAUAUGUAUGUAUGUAUGUAUGUAUGUAUGUAUGUAUGUAUGUAUGUAUGUAUGUAUGUUGGUCAAAUGUAACGAAAACUAAUGAGAGUCUGAAUUGCACAAGUGCUAACGAGUUACGUAUUGAUAGACAAAUCCGAAAUUCAUAGGCAUAUAUCGAACAUUUCAGACUGAUUUCGGAUUUCGGUUGUCGAUGGAGGCGCUCUAAGUGCGGGAUCUCUACAAUAGGUGUUGUGAAAAAAUAAAAGCGUCCUUUUGGCUUUUGGGGUCCAUCAUACUUUUAAAGAGCAAAUGGGCACAGGGAUUACUGUUAUUCGUGUAUUGACAGUCUCUCUCUACAUACCUACAAAAGUUGAUCCAAAUCGAAGAGUUCAUCUAUCGUAGAGCCGGACUAAUACGCACGACUUUGGCUUUCAUUGGCUUCCUUUAUGAUUCCAUUUAACCGUGUAUUUAAAAACGACUAUCCUCUUUAUUAUUUAUAUAUACACACAUAUACAAUGUAUGUCGACAAUGCAUUUCUGCAUUUUUAAUGACGAGCGAUACGCGAUCGAAAUGUCUCCGUUCGAAGAGAUACAUACAUCGUUACGAUAUUUUAUUGUUUAAUAUUUAUAUUUAUAUAUUAUAUAAUUAUAUUUAUAUAUUAUUUGUGAUAUUUGUUGCAAUAUUUAUUGUAAAAUGUUAAGUUAUCCCUCCUAUGAGUUUCACUCACAUAUAUGUUUACUUCGUUCACUCUCAUACGGAAAGAACAAAGUGAGAACUACGAUAAUUAAACUAUUUUUACUAAUUAAGUUAUCGUUACGUUUUUGUCUUUUUCUCGUAAAAUCGUCGACAUGUGUAAGAACGAUUGAAAUCUCUUUACAUAGCCGCCUUUGGUUUCGUAAUAUCGCGAUCGAGCAGUCUCGAAACUUUGUUGAGCUAAAUCUAGUGGAAGGAUUUUGCAUGUGAUCUAAGGAAUAUAUUGUAUAUGUAUCGUACAAAAGUAAACAUUCAAGUUCCUGUUCUUGCAAAACAUAUAUUAUAUAUUCGUAAAUUUUAUCGAUAUUCCCGAGCGUAGAAAGAAACAAAGACUUUGCGUAUUUCUCCCUCCGACUUGCAAUCUGUUGAAA